AUGAAAACUGGUGAAAUAAGAGUCGAAAAAGAUGAAUACAAAGCAUCCACUUACCAAAGAACAGCAGAGACGAAUUAUGCUGGACUUGAAUACGAAGAUGAAACGGUAAUACACGAUUACUUGGAUUGGCUAAGAGGCUUUGAAUACGAUGAUAAUGAGGAUACAAGAAAAACGGAUAUCCUUGGAGUUGGCGACGAUAAAGAAAUUGAAGUCGAAAUGGGCCAUGGAAUUGGAAAAUAUAAAGAAAAAGACGAAUACGAAAUCUAUUUGCAUGAACUAAGAAACUUAGUACCCGAUAAUAAAAUCGGUUAUGAAACUGAUGACUUAGAAAACGCGAAGAAAGAUGAAACUAACAGCGUUAAAGACGAAUUCUGGACAUUCAAGCCAAUAAGAACAGAAAUACUUAACCUCGAUUAUUAUCAGGAAUUGGAGGAAAUGAAUUAUGUAGAUGAAGUUUAUGAAAUUUAUAAUUUCGAAAACUACUAUUAA